UUUCCGGUGCCGUAUGGAACUGACCGUGAGUGUGUUGCCGGAGGAAGAAAAAAAAGAGUAGAAAAUGAAAGAGCGAGGGAGAUAGAGAGACACAGAAAAAAAGAGAGAGAGAGAGAGAGACGUCGGACCAUCCUUCCAAGCAGCCGCGGUAGAGGAGGUGUUUCGACAUGACAUCCCUGCGUCAGAGAAAGGGCACAAAGGGGAAGGAGCCUCCUCUUGGUGCAGAGUUUCAGUCACAACCUUCCAACUGUUGCUCCGAUCAUCAUCCGGAAAAGAUCUUGCUCGGUGAUUGGUCAUGGGGGUCCAUAAUCUGGACAUCAGUGGGCUGGUCAGUGUCCGUCGGCCUUGGUUUGCUGUGCUGCAUCUAUGUGGCGACUUUACAUGAGAAUGACUUGUGGUUCUCCAACAUCAAGGAAGUGGAGCGGGAAAUCUCUUUUCGGACAGAGUGUGGACUGUACUACUCCUACUACAAGCAAAUCUUGCAGGCCCCAUCCAUACAAGAAGGGCUGUCAGAUUUGAUCCAUGACAACUUGACAGAAUCCAAGAGGACCAUUAAUCUCCUUCAGCGAAUGAAUAUCUACCAGGAGGUCUUUCUCAGCAUCCUCUACAGAUUGUUGCCCAUACAGGCGUAUCUGGAGCCUGUGUAUUUCUACAUCUACACGGUGUUCUCACUCCAAGCUGUGUAUGUGAUCGCCCUGUACCUCACAGCGUGGCUCCUGUCGGGUUCUUGGUUGGCGGGUGCUCUCGCCGGGGUCUGGUACAUCCUCAACAGGGUCGACACGACUCGCGUGGAGUUUACCAUCUCGCUCAGGGAGAAUUGGUCUUUGCCCUUCCUGGCGUUGCAGGUCACCGCUAUCACCUGUUACCUCAGGCCUCAGCUCAGCGCCUUACAGCAGAAGGUUAUGGUGUGGCUGAUGUAUGUCACCACAUUCUGCUUCUGUCUGACAUGGCAGUUCAAUCAGUUCAUCCUGCUGGUUCAGGCUCUCAUCAUAUAUACCCUGGACUGUGCAGACUUCUUAUCAACAACCCAGGUGACCACUCUGUACCUGGUUCAAGUGAGCGGCCUCCUCAGUGUGUGGCUCCUUCAGUUCUGUAACUCCAUGAUCCUGGGAUCUCUGGUCCUGAGCUUCAUCGUAGCCACGCUUUUCAUCCGACAUUGCCAGUCGGGGCUGAAGUCAGGAACCCUGCUGGUCCGUGUGGGUAAACUGCUUCUCCACACCACCAUGGUCCUCCUCCUCACCUUCACCAUCAACUACCUGGCCAAGAAAGCACUUCAGCUCAGAUCAGAUGAACACAUCUUUAAAUUCAUCAAGUCCAAGUUUGCCUUAGGGCCGACAAGGGAUUUCGAUGCCAAUCUUUACCUGUGUGAGGAGGCCUUUGGUCUUCUGCCCCUCGACACUCUGGAGCGUCUGGGGGGGACCCUGAUGCUCUACCCCUACAUCCUCACUCUGCUGCUGCUCAGCUGCAUGUUUACAGUGGCCGUGUUACAGAACCUGAGCAGGCCUAAAGGAGUUUCGGCGGACGAGAGGAAAGGUGCGUCAGAGGGCAGAGCGGUAGCGUUUCGACCAGAUGUAGCAUACAAUCUUUUGCACUCGCUCUUCUUCGGUCUUCUCGCUUUUAGCACCAUGAGGAUGAAGUAUAUAUGGACAGGCCAUAUGUGUGCAGUCGCCGCCUUUGGUGUGUGUGGGACGGAGCUGUGGACUCUGAUUCUCAGCGCUCUCCGUUGCAACAAUAAAUUUCUGUUAAGGCUUGUCAGAUACGCAGUUCCACUAGUGAUGAUGGGUUGCCUGUAUUAUAAGUUCUGGCCUAAGCUGAUGGAAGAGUUAUCAGAACUGAGGGAGUUUUACGAUCCUGACACCGUGGAGCUCAUGACCUGGAUUAGCACAAAGACCCCUAAGCGGGCAGUAUUUGCAGGAAGCAUGCAGCUGCUGGCUGGGAUCAAGCUGUGCACAGGCAGAGUUCUCACAAACCACCCCCAUUAUGAAGAUAAAGACCUGAGGGAGAGGACCAGACAGGUGUACCAGGUGUACGCUCGCCGGUCUCUGGAGGAAGUCCACGAUAUCCUGAGGGCCGUCGGCGCUGACUACGUGGUGCUGGAAAACAGCAUCUGCUACGAGCGGAGGCACAGGCGCGGCUGCAGGCUGAGGGACCUGCUCGACCUGGCCAACGGACAUAUCAUGGACGGACCAGGAGACAACGACCUGGACCUGGUCCCUGCCUCCCACCCUCGAUUUUGCGAGGCCAUUAAGUCGGACGAGGCAGCUUACACCGCUCUAUUCACCAGAACAUUCCAGAAUAAAACCUUCCAUGUAUACCGGGUCAAGAAGAAACGCAAGAAAAGCGCCAAGAGCUCAUCAGAGUCCAGCUCGGCUCAGUAGCGGGAGCAGGAUUGUGGGAAACAUAGAAAAAAAACCCCAAAAAAAACAAAAAAUGAGAGGCCAGGGGGGAGAGAGAUGGAAGAGAAGAGAUAAAAGAAGUGAAUCCUUGCUGUUCCUCUAUCUCCUCUCUGCACUGUGCCCAGCUGUGAUCAUGUCCAUUAUUUUUUGAACACAUGGCUCUGUGAACUGUGGUGUCAGAGCAACGGGCCGGUUCAAGCUCCGGGCUGCUUUGUUUUAGUUAGUGGAGUGUGGAAGCACCUAUAGGAGUCCCGCUCUGGGCUGUUCUGUCUCCGCCCACCCACCUCGCCAUCCUCCCAGGCUGCACUGCUGCACAUGAACAAGCACAGAUGAUUAUUAGACCUUGAGCAACUAUUUAUUACUUUGUUUAGUUAGAAGUUUUUUUUUUUUCUUUUCCAUCAUUUCAGCGCUGCAUCAUGUAAUGAGCAAACUGCCGUCGUCACUACAAAUACAGGUAUUUAACAAAACUGGACCCACAAUUAAACCUAUGCUUUAAAGGUGCAAUUUGUAAUAUUUUUACUGUUAAACACUGAAAAAUGACAACUUAAUAUAAGAUAUUUUCAUCUGUUGAAUGAUCAUUUCUCAUGUUCUACAAAACUUCCAUUUCUUUUGUUGUUCAUUGUAGCAAUUAGCAUGCUAGCCAGCUACCAAUGCCAUCUUGUAGCCCACUACCAUUUUAUAACACCAGAGAGAAGAGUUAUUUAACAUGCGACAAAGGCAGUGUUGUGUUACUGUUUGGACUAUAGAUGUUUUCACAAAAUAAAUACUUUGUAUUUGCUAUCUGCUAGCUUUUACAACACUGCAAUAUGUGCUAAGACCUCAAACAAGCUAAUAUGCUAACCACAGUUCCACUUUAACAUAGUACCUUAAGUGGUAAAAUCAUACAUAUACUUACUUUUGUGUGUAUGUCACAGUUUAUCCUUUCUAACAUUCCGAACAGUGGUGAUAUAUUGCUAAAAACUGAGCAAGCUAUAUCGCUGUCUUCAAAGCUAACCGAUUCUGUGGAAAAUAACAUUUACUUCAAUGUGUAGCCUA